AUGCUUGGAAAAAAAUAAAAACUUUAUUAUAAAUAGAAAAAAGGUAAUGAAAUCAAUCAAAAUUUAGCAAAUAUUGAUCAUAGUGCUGACAUCUAAGAGAAAAAUUUGACUCUUUUAGAAAAAUAAAUGAUUGAAAUGAAUGGAAAAUUAUCUAAAUUUAUAGAUGCAUAGCUUAAUUUUAUGUAAGAAAUUAGAAAUGAACUUGCUGGAAUUAAAAGUGAGCUUGGUGGAAUUAAAAGUGAGAUUGUUGGAAUUAAAAGUGAGAUUGUUGGAAUUAAAAGUGAGAUUGUUGGAAUUAAAAGUGAGCUUGGUGGAAUGAAUUAAAAGUUCAAUAGAUUUGAAGGAUUAGAGGACAAUAAUUAAGAAAAUUGA